AGUGGAAGUUACACAAGGAUGAACAGAGCUGCAGGACUUCUCCACGGUACCAGAAGGCUGACGGCUUUCGCAGAGGUUCGUGCUGUUCACGUUCCGGUUCCGAAUGAGGAAUCCGUACACAGAGAGAAACACACAAGUACAGGCCUCGUCGGGAAAAUAAUGGAGCAGGUGAACAAAAUAGGAAACGACAGAACGCAUGUCCUUUAUGGCGAUUAUCCCGGUGGGAACGUGGGCCGUCCAAAGGGACAAGAGUAUGAGCCCCAUGAGAAGACUAGAAUAGGCCGCGGCAGAGGAGCCGUCGACGAAUUGGGAGAUGCGGAAUGUGGUGGUACUGGGUCACGCAAUAUGAAAGACAGCUCCGACUACCGGGAAGAAAUCAAGAUGAGCUACAGAAGCAUUGCACUUCUCCAGAGCAGCAGAAGGUUAUUGGCCUGUGCAGAAGCGCGAAAUAUCCACACAGCAGGUCCGCAGUAUGGCGUAAUCAAGGAUGCCGGGGACAAGGCUAAGGAAAUGGCCGAAGCUGCCAAAGAAAAAUUGGACGAGGCCGGCAAAGCAGUCAAGGACACGGUUAAAGCCGGUUAUGAGAAGGUGGCAGACAUGGGGACCAACCAAACCGAUAAGGUUCAUGGAAAAUAUCCGGGUGGAAAUGUUGGUCGACCGAGAACUGCUGAGGCUGAGGCAUUUCCGGAUACAAGGCGAGGUCGAGGCAAAGGAACGGCGGAUGAGUUGGGAGAUGCAGAAUCCGGAGGAGCUAGCACCGGGAAGAUGAAGGGAACUCACGCCUACAGAGAGUAGAUUAGCAUAUGGGUCUUCUACGGUCGUGGUGCAGAGGCAUAGCAGAUUGGACAUUGUAGACGAUGUCAUCGUUGUAAAUAUUGUACAAAUAGUAUUCAGGAUGCGUUCGAGUA